UUGUGUGUUUAAAAUAUAUCACUAAUUUAAAAAAUCUAACGUCGGUAAUAAAAUUUCGAUUGUAUUUUAAUACGCUUGUGAUUAAAGAUGGUAGCUGUUGCAUUGUUUUAAUAACAUUACGUGAAAAGUUUUGUAAAUUUUAAAUUGCUCAGUAAGAUAAUUAAAACACAGUUUGUGGUAGACGUGUUCUUAAUGUUUUUUCUUGCAUUUGAGUUUUACUUUAUAAACUAGUGAGAAGACAAACUUUAUAGUUGACGAUUUAAUAAUGAAAAAGACAUUUUGGAGUGUAUCAUUCCAUAAAAUAAGAAUGCUAUGUGGAAUAAUAUUGUUGGUUAUAUCAAUGUCAUGUCUCGAUGCUAUUCCUAGCUCAUCUUCUACAAACUCGACCAAUUUGACAACAACUACUGAAUCUCCAACAAUAACUUUAAUGACGACACCGAACACGACGGCAUCGCCCGACCCACACGACGAUCUAUCUAAAAAAGCAUCUUUAAUUGUUGGUCUGGGUUUUAUACCAGGAAUGUUAGUAUUGUAUUUAUGUUGCCGUUAUGUUCCUGACUAUGUUUCGAAGCUCACUGCAGAUAAAUAAUGAACGACAAAUUUGUUUUGAAUCACAAAGUGAACUAUUAUACCGUCUUGAAGAAGUGUGUUUGUAUGUAUGUAGUUGUUGUUGAAUACAAACGCUCUUGGAGAUUAUCUAAAUUUUUAGUUAUGUCGGCAAUAUCUUGAAAUGACGUCACCGUUGCCAUAAAAGGUGUCGUGUAUGCCGUGAACAACACCGACAAUAGAAAUGACACCAAAAAAACACGUCAAUGGAUGCCACUGUUUUUUUCAAGUUGCUACAUGUACUUUUUCUGUGUAAAGGAAAAAGAAAAUUUGUAUUUUUUUCUUGCAUAGCAAUGUGUAAAUUUUUUUUGUUAUUAUUUUUACUUAUUUGACGCAUGGAUAUAUUUUUAAGCAAGCUGGAUAACAUCUUUGA